AUGAUAUUUCAAUCAAAAAGUGAUUAAAUUUUUGGAACAUAUUCUCCUUGUAAAUGGAAAUCAUGUAAUGGGAAGUUCGUAUAAGAUAAUACAUUGUCAUCUUUUAUAUUUUCAUAAAAUCAUGAUCAAGUUUAUCCUUUGAAGUAGAAUCAAAAAGAAUAUGCUAUUUAUUGUAAUUCACAAUUAGGACCCGUUCGGUGA